AUGGCGACUGAUCUCAUCCCGAGUGCUUUCGUAGCACGUCCGCUGAAGGCUGUGGUCAUCGGUGCUGGUGUUUCGGGAAUUCAAUUUGCACACGAUGCGACUGAAUCCCUGCCUAAUGUUGACCUUGAAAUCUAUGACCGAAACCCUUCCCUUGGGGGUACGUGGUAUGAAAAUCGGUAUCCCGGAUGCACAUGCGACGUGCCUUCCCACACCUAUCAGUUUAGUUGGGCGCCCAAUCCAUCCUGGUCGUCGUUUUACCCACCAGCUCCAGAGAUUCACCAAUACCUGGAGGAUGUGGCUGACAGGCACGAUCUUCGUCGGUUCAUGACCUUCAAUACCGAAUGUAAAUCGGCUGAGUGGGAUGAGAAGUCCUCAAAGUGGACAGUGGUUCUCCGUGAUGUGGUUUCUCACGAGGAAAAGACUGUUAUUGCUGAUGUCUUCAUUUAUGCUGUCGGACGGCUGAACAACUACAAGAUCCCCAAGAUCCCGGGCCAGGAUUCCUUCCAAGGACAACAAUUGCACACUGCAAAUUGGCCCACGGACAUCAAUGUAGUGGACAAGCGGGUGAUUGUGAUUGGAAAUGGUGCGAGUGCCGUUCAGUGCGUGGCAGCUUUGCAGCCAGUCACUUCUCAGAUCAUCAACAUUGCCCGAGGCCCGACGUGGAUUCUCCCGCAUGUGUUUUCCGAGGACGGUGCUAUUCAGCGUCAAUACUCCAAGGAACAGAAACAAGCUCUCGAGUCAUCUCCUUCGCAGUAUUAUGACUUUUGUUUCGCAUUGGAGAAGAAGCUGGCCGCAGGCUUUUCGGGACUUUGGAAAGGAACUGAAUCUCAAGCCAAAUUUACGUCAUCGGCACAGUCGUUUAUGAAAUCUAAGAUCAGAGACCCCGCUCUCCUGAAGGCCCUCUUACCACAAUUUGAGGCUGGCUGUCGCCGUUUCACUCCAGGUGGCCACUAUCUGGAUGCCCUGCAGAAGCCCAAUGCCAUGUAUGUGCAAGACUCAAUCGACAGACUGACAGAGGACAGCCUCAUCACUGCAUCAGGCGCGGAAUACAAGUGUGACAUUUUGGUGUAUGCCACCGGAUUCGAGCCAUACCAGCCACGGUUCCCCGUCAUUGGUCGCGAUGGGCGAUCUUUGACUGCUGAAUGGGAUCGCCAGGGACCUUGCGAGAGCUACAUGGCUGCGAUGGUUGCUGGAUUCCCCAACCUUUUCGUUUUCAACCCACCAAUCUGCCCCGUGAACGGAUCUGCCAUCCCUGGCAUCGAGAGAGCGAGUAAUUACAUGACUCGAGUCCUAUCUCGGCUCCAGAAAGACAAGCUGCGAUCAGUGGCUGUGACAGGGCAGGCGCAGACUGCAUUUAACCAAUGGGUGCAAUCGAGAAUGUCUGAAAUGGUCUGGUCUGGUCCCUGCAACUCAUGGUACAAGAACGGAAAUGGAAAGGUCGUCGUUCCUUGGCCUGGCACUGUUCUCCAUUACUACGCAGCAACCGAAAUUGUUCGCUGGGAAGACUUCGACCUAGUCCAUGAAACCCUCAAUGAAAAAUUCGGAAGCUUUGGCAACGGUGUGACUGCGGAGGGAUUCGCGCCUAAUCGAAUCCCUUGGCUCCACCAUCCCACCAAUGACCCAGAGCCAGAAAAAAGACCAGCCUCAUAUAUGCAAGUAUCUGCAACACCAAACAAUGCGGCAUUCCGCGCGAUGUACCAGGUCUUACAGAUACUGAAGACAUGGGUACCCCUUGGCGAGCAGACUUGCACGGUUUGA